ACGGAAAUCAAGUGCAUACCGAGAAGCGCGUGGGCCACCGACCUACACGAAACCGCUGUUUUUACAUCAUUUUUAUAUGCCGAUCACAAAUUGAAAACAUGACGAUAAAUAACGAUUUCUAGAAGUUCAAAUAAAUAUUAGCGUUCAGUAUAUCUGGGGUGCGCGACCUUAAACUAUUCGAUAUAACAUGUGAAUAAACGCAGUUUUCGGUUGCGACAAUAAUGGACAAAAUUUCUUGUUUUAUUGUUUUAAUAUGUUUUUGCGUCAAUGUUUCGUUGGAACUUGAACCCCAAAAUGUGACCUUCGUAAUCAUCAGCCAGAACAACGCAUAUAAUGACCGCUUAUCGAAGAAAUUACAAAGCAGUCUAAAGGAACAAGCAGAUAGGCUACAGCUGUCAGGUUACAAAAUCUAUAUUUCUAAUAAGCACUUUAAUGUACCAGGAGAAUGGACUAUAGUACCACUAGCUGACCCGAUUUUAAGUAGUAUUAAACAUUAUCCUAUGCAAUGGGUAGUUUUUUUAGAAGACUACAGUGUCGUCGAUUUAAAGUUACUUAUGAAAGUUCUUAAGAAGUACAAUCAUAAUAAAGACAUUUGGAUAGGCCAUGCCUUAUACGACGCAGAAGCAGUUAUCAUUCAUCACUUUGAAUUUCGAGAAAAUCCUGAAUCCUUUAAAUAUCCAAACUUGGCUUCCGGAUUUGCUAUGAGCUUACCUUUACUCGAAAAAGUAAGAAUGAAUGCCAAAAACGAAAGCAAGAAACCUCAGCACCCUAGAGAUUUUCAUAUAGAUCCAGCGCAUGAGCUGGCUCUUUUUAUUCUCGAUGAUGGUACUGGAGCAAAAUUGCGGCAUAACAGCUUGUUUUGCGCUAAAAAAGACGAAAGAGAUAGUUGUGCUAUUUAUCCAAAAGAAUUUGAACCAUGUGGUGAAGCUGAUAUUUCAACCAUGUAUUUUGCCAUCAAAACAUGCCGAUACUUUUACAAAGAUAGGAUUGAUGUGGUCAAGAAAACGUACUAUAAAUACACCGAGAAAAGUGGAUUUUUUAGUGACCAUGAAGAUAAAGAUAUUCCAACUAUAGAUGUAGGUAUUCCAAACGUAGAUCGAGGACAUUGUGCCAAAAUGAUGGCAAUAUUACAACUUUCUCUGAAGAAAUUUCAAAAUGAUACUAAAUUAGAGUGGUUGAUUUUAGUUGAUGAUGAUACAAUUUUAAGCGUUUCAAGAAUAGCAGGUCUUUUAUCCUGCCAUAACAGUUCCGAACCUAUGAUUCUGGGAGAACGGUAUGGCUACGGAAAAAGAGGGAUGGACUACCCAACUGGUGGCGCUGGUACCUUAAUAAAUAGAAGCGCGCUAGAAAUUUUGGCCUACGGAUGUCAUUGUGCCUGGCCCUCUGCACCUGACGACAUGAUGCUCGGCGCCUGUGCUGAGGAAUAUGAUAUUACCAUUGUACAUGUGCCACAAAUGCAUCAAGCACGACCAAACGACUAUGCUCCAGGCCGCCUAGCAACCAAUGACGCCAUAACAUUCCACAAGCACUGGAACAACAGGCCAGUGGAAAUCUACAACCAAUGGUUUCUGAAAGACGACCAGAAGCUAAGCAAACAUCAUGGAAAAUUCAAUCUGAAAGAUGAGCUUUAAGCAAAUAUUAUAAAUAACUUAAAAAUUAUGAAGGUUUUUAGGUUUUAUUUGUAAUCCCUUGUAAUAGCUAGAAUUGUCUAGUAGAUGGGACAAACGAUAUUACUGGCUCAGGCAGUAAGGGUAGGUGCUUCACCCAUCAUAUAGUUAUUACAUUUCUAUCUGUUGAUCGAUGUUCAAAGUGAUUCCAAAUACGAAAUAUUCUCAAAACCAAAAAAUGUUAUAUCCCAAACUUAAAUGUGAUAAAUGUAGGGCAUAUUGAGGUUUCUAAGAUAAUAGGUAUAUGUCUAUAUGAAUAUUAUUUUUAUCCAGCUCUGUAACAUAAACAAAUAGUCAUAAAAUAAAAAUGUAUUGAUACUCAAAUUAAAAUACUUCUUCAGCAUUGUGCAUGGGAAGGCAAUACCGAAA